AAAAAAAAAAACCACAACAAAACACCAAAAAACCCAAAACAUAAAAAACCCUGCUUCUCCCUUCGUUGUCCUCCCAAGUUCCUAGUGGAGACCUGAGCCCAGUGUCUCGGCUUCGCUGCCAAUCCAGGCAAACUUUACAUAUUUUUUUGUAAUUCCGAGAUUGAGUUUGGGACCUGAGCCUUACGGCCCAAGGUCUUACUUCCUCAGCAAAGGUGGCUUUUAGACGUCACAAUAUUCUCAGCAAGCCUCGUACCAUGGGGAAGGCAGAUACCAUGGACUCACCACUGGGCACCAGCUACCGUUCUGUCAUGGAGGAAUACGGCUACGAGGUGGGCAAAGUCAUUGGCAAUGGCUCCUACGGGACGGUGUACGAGGCUUACUUCACAAGGCAGAAGGUCAUGGUGGCUGUCAAAAUCAUCUCAAAGAAGAAGGCCUCUGAUGAAUAUCUUAACAAGUUCCUGCCCCGUGAGAUACAGGUGAUGAAGGUCCUUCGGCACAAGUACCUCAUCAACUUCUAUCAGGCCAUUGAGACCACAACUCGAGUGUACAUCAUUCUGGAGCUGGCUCAGGGUGGUGACGUCCUUGAGUGGAUCCAGCGCUACGGUGCCUGCUCUGAGGCCCAGGCUGGCAAAUGGUUCUCCCAGCUGACCCUGGGCAUCGCUUACCUGCACAGCAAGGGCAUAGUGCACCGCCUGACCCCCAGCCUUUCUGCUGCUGGUAGGGACUUAAAGUUGGAGAACCUGUUGCUGGACAAGCGAGAAAAUGUGAAGAUCUCGGACUUUGGCUUCGCCAAGAUGGUGCCUUCAACCCACUCCGUGCGUAGUAAUCCUUCUUACCGCCAAAUGAACUGCUUUACUCACCUCAGCCAGACCUACUGCGGCAGUUUUGCUUACGCCUGCCCAGAGAUCUUGCUAGGCUUGCCCUACAACCCUUUCCUGUCUGACACCUGGAGCAUGGGUGUCAUCCUCUACACUCUAAUGGUCGCCCAUCUGCCUUUCGAUGACACCAAUCUCAAGAAGCUGCUGAGAGAGACACAGAAGGAGGUCACUUUUCCACCCAACAUCACCAUCCCGCUGGAGUGCAAGAACCUGAUCCUCCACAUGCUCCGCCAAGCCACCAAGCGUGCCACCAUCCUGGACAUCGUCAAGGAUCCCUGGGUAAUCAAGUUUCAGACUGAGCAGCCCACCCACGAAAUCAGGCUGCUUGAGGCCAUGUGUCAGCUCCCCCUCAGUGUCACCUCGCAUCGUCACCAAUCCUUGAAUGUCCACAUAUGA